AUGGCUGCAAUGUCUAAACAAAUGAAUGAUUCGCCUUCUUCUACAUCUGCAAAAAAUCUGCCUGUUGGUAAUGCUAACAAUAAUAAUCAGAAUGCUCAUAAUAAUGGCAAAGGAAAAGAAGUUGCUACCACUUCUGGUGGAGGGACAACUUGGCUUUAUGGGCUGACUCGUAGGGAGGCAGCUGAGGCUUCUGACGCUAUAGUUACAGACCGCUUCAUUAUUGUGUUUAUUGAUGACAUUUUGGUGUAUUCUAAAAGUCGUGAGGAUUAUGCUAAUCAUUUGAGAAUAACUUUGACAACACUUGAGGAGAACGGUCUUUAUGCAAAAUUCUCUAAGUGUGAAUUCUGGCUUGAGUCUGUGGCUUUCUUAGGUCAUGUGAAGACUGGUAAGUUUCAGUGUUCCAAAGCUUGUGAAAAGAGUUUCCAAGAGCAUAAGACAAGGUUGACUUCAGCUCCUAUUUUGACUUUAUCUUCUGGGUCUGGUGGAUAUAUAGUGUAUCGUGAUGCUUCCAGAAUUGGUUUGGGUUGUGUACUGAUGCAGAACGGUAAGGUGAUUGCUUAUACUUCGCGACAGUUGAAGAAGCAUGAGAAGAAUUAUCCGACUCAUGACUCGGAGUUGGCUGCCGUGGUAUUUGCCUUGAAAAUUUGGCGCCAUUAUUUGUAUGGUGAGCAUUGCAAUGUUUUUACUGACUAUAAGAGCUUGCAAUACAUCUUUAACCAGCGAGAGUUGAAUCUCAGACAGAGGAGGUGGUUGGAGUUGUUAAAUGACUAUGACCUGAAGAUUUUGUAUCAUCCUGGUAAGGCUAAUAUGGUUGCUAACCCUUUGAGUAGAAAAUCUAUGGGCACGUUGGCUUAUUUGCUCGUUCAUGGCAUGCCCAUGGGGAAGGAAAUUCGAAGACUUGCUAGUCUUGGGGUCAGACUUGAUGAAACUGAAGAUGGAGAGUUAGUGGGAAUCACGCCAUCACGGUCUGACAUUGUGGAAAGCAUUAAAUCCAAGCAAUAUGAUGAUGAACUUUUGGUGAAGCUGACAGAUGGAGUGGAAGGGGGUGAGUACACUUCAUUUACUAUUGGGACUGGCGAUAGUGUUCUGCGGUUGCAAGGACGAUUGUGUGUUCCCGAUGUUGAUGAGAGAACUAUUCAGACUUUGGAAGAUAUGCUGCAAGCCUGUGUUAUAGAUUUCGAAGGAAAUUGGGAUGAAAAUUUACCUCUUGUGGAAUUUGUGUACAACAAUAGUUAUCAAGCGAGUAUUCAGAUGGCUCCUUAUGAGUCUCUUUAUGGGAGACGUUGUCGAUCUCCAAUUGGUUGGUUUGAACCAACUAAAGUAGAAUUGUUGGGUCCUAACUCAGUUCAUGAAGCAAUUGAGGAAGUUAAUCUUAUUGUACAACUACUUGAGACAGCUCAGAGUAGACAAAAGUCUUAUACGGAUAUGAGGCAAUGUGAGCUAGAGUUUUUAGUUGGUGACAAGGUGUUCUUGAAAGUAUCAUCGAUGAAAGGAGUAAUGUGGUUUGGUAAAAAGGGGAAACUUAGUCCUCAUUUCAUUGGCCCUUAUGAGAUUGUUAGGAAAAUUGGGACGGUGGCUUAUGAAUUGAAGUUGCCAUCCGAUAUGGCCAUGGUGCGGUGUUUCACAUUUUGA